GUUCGAGCCCCGUAUAUGUCGCAAGAUUCCUUCGGUGGGCACCUGACCCCAUCGCGACUACUGAUUCUACAGAUUAGAUGUUCCAAGGGAGCAAAUGCCAAAUGAUAAUACUUUCUUUCAUCGAUACGGCGAAACGCCCAGUGCUUGGCAGCGAACGUGUCUGGACUGCUGUCUUUCGAUUCAUCGAUACUGAUCAUUCACCGCCCGGAUCCUGUGUCACUAUGACACAAUACACGCCACCUUCCUUCGAUAUAUAACUCUUACCGGGCUCUUCCGUUCCUUUCAUCUUCAUCUCUUCUUGUUACCAUGACUCAAUAUUGGGAACCCGGCACGCAGUACGGCUAUGGCGACGUUGUUCAGUACAAUGGCCAUCGAUACAAGAUCAUCCAGUCGCAUCUCUCUCAAUCUGACUGGACUCCUGACAUCACUCCCGCAUUGUGGGGACGCCUCUCCGAUGAAGAUCAUGCUGGCGAAUGCGGUAACCCCGAGCCGCCUGACAAGAAGCCAGACCAUAAGACUUGGUUCGAUUUCGACGAUGAGAGGAAGAAGCAGAUUGAGAUCGGUGGAGGUCUCGUAGCAGGUGCCGCUCUCCUUGGCGCGGGCUACUUCGCUUUCAAGGAGCACAAAAAGAGCGAAGAGGAGAAAAAAGCGCAAACCUGGGCGCUUCAGAACUGGCUUCAAGACGCCCAAACACGUACAGAACAAUACCGUCACAACGGUCCCAGAGGACCGGCUGAGUGGAUCUUGAACCAAGGCAAGAAUAUCCCUCACAAUGCAAUCGUUGUCGGCAAGGAACAUGAUUGGACCCUAUACAUCUGUCGCGCUUUCUAUGAUGGCGGUAUUCAAAUUGGAAAGGCUUCUGAUGUCUUCAAGAAAGGUGCCGUUAUUGGAUACGACAACGAGGAGAUCCAUCUCGAUACUUACGAAAUUCUCAUUGGAGAUAUGCGUGGCCUGCGCUGGGUUGAUGCUAGCGGUAGACUCAACGUAGCUUCUUUAGGUGCUAGUCCCGUCGAAGGUGGUCACGAGAGCGACGGGACGCCGUUGUAUAUCGCUGAAGCACCUCACAAGGGUGCCGUGCAUCCUGGAAAGGCUAGUGCGAAGCUCGAUGGUGCAGUCAUCCCUUACGAUAACCACGAGAAGACUGUCCACCUCUUGAUGAUCACGCAUCCCCAGAUUUCCAUUAGCCACACGAAAAGGAAGACUCCGAUCAAUACACCUUUCAUCAUGGAUACACCCUUUUGGCAUGCCUCGACGACUAGGUCGUCCUGGGAUCCGUUGGCACAAGACCUUACGCUGUCAGGCGCAUCUUUGAAAUACUGA